CCCAAACAACCCUUUUUCAUUGGGGUUGCUGGUGGAACUGCAUCGGGAAAAACAACUGUGUGCAACAUGAUAACUACACAACUUCAUGAUCAACGUGUUGUCCUCAUUAAUCAAGACUCGUUUUAUUACUCAUUAAGUGGCAAGACGCUAGAGAAAGUUAAUGAGUACAACUUUGAUCAUCCUGAUGCCUUUGAUACAAAGCUUAUGCUUUCAAGUGUGGAGAAAUUAAAAUGUGGACAACCUGCUAUUAUACCAAAUUACGAUUUCAACAGUCAUAAGAGAAUUGAACCUGCACGUCAGGUUCACCCUGCAGAUAUCAUAAUUUUGGAAGGAAUAUUAGUUCUUCAUGAUUCUCAUGUUCGUGAUCUUUUGAACAUGAAGAUCUUUGUUGAUGAAGAUUCCGAUGUGCGCCUUGCACGAAGGAUUCAACGUCUCACUAUUGAACGUGGGAGGAAUAUUCAAAAUGUUCUAGAUCAAUAUUCCAGAUUUGUAAAGCCCAGUUUUGAAGAUUUUGUACUACCAACAAAAAAGUAUGCCGAUAUUAUCAUCCCACGUGGAGGAGAUAAUGAUGUUGCCAUUGACUUAAUAGUACAAAACAUACGUAUGAAGCUUGGCCAACAUGAUCUGUGUAAAAUAUAUCCCAAUAUUUUUGUUAUGUGUUCAACUUUUCAGGUCAAGGGAAUGCAUACUCUCAUCCGUGAUGUCAAGGCAACAAAGCAUGACUUUGUUUUCUACUCAGAUCGUCUCAUUAGACUGGUUGUUGAGCAUGGAUUGGGUCACCUUCCUUUUACCGAAAAGCAAAUCACAACACCAACAGGGUCUAUAUACUCCGGUGUAGUUUUUUGUAGCAGGCUAUGUGGAGUAUCAGUCAUUAGAAGUGGAGAAAGCAUGGAAAAUGCAUUAAGAGCAUGCUGUAAGGGAAUCAAAAUUGGUAAAAUCCUUAUCCAUGGACAUGGUACAAACGGUCGACAGUUAAUCUAUGAGAAACUCCCAUCAGACAUUGCUAGUCGUCAUGUGUUGCUACUUGAUCCAGUUCUGGCCACAGGAAAUUCUGCAGUGAAAGCUAUCUCUCUGCUUCUCAAGAAGGGUGUACCAGAAUCUAAUAUUAUAUUUCUAAAUUUAAUAGCAGCACCAAAUGGAAUAAACGCUGUUUGUGAGAGAUUUCCAAUGAUAAAACUUGUAACAUCAGAGAUUGAUGCAUCAUUGAAUGAGAAUUCUCAUGUGAUCCCUGGCUUGGGUGAGUUUGGUGAUCGUUACUUUGCCACUGAUGAUUAG